GUCAGCAGCGGCGCUCUGGAUCAAAGGCUCGUUUGGCUCUCCAGUCGUACGGUCCUGCGCUGAGCGCAGUCUACUCUCGGUCUCUACGGACGCUCUUCUGUCUGGAUAUCGUAGCCUGUUUCUUUUUUCUUUGGAUUAUAUUCUUCUGAUGGUUUUCAACUCCAACUCGAUGCAUAGAAAUGGGUAAACUGCACUCGAAACAUGCCGCUAUUUGUAAACCAAGGGAGAGUCCCGAAGGCGACAGUUUUGUAGUCAAUGCCUGUUUGGCAAGAAAGGGAAUCGACGAUUGGCUCGUGAAGCAGAAAUACUACUGCACGAGCUCUCGCCUCGAGCAACGGGACUGUCACCACAAGAAUAACUGCGGUUUGACUGCACGGGACUCCAUGGAUGAGGCAUGUGCAGAAGGGAUUGGGGAUGAACAGUACCGUUUAGAAGUGGCUUUACCCCCAGAGAAGACAGACAGCUGCUGUGUGGAGGAGAAGAUGCAGGAGAGGGACAGCCAAUCUCCCGCAGGGCCACAGAAACAGCUCCAGUUUGAAGAGUUGGAGUGUGCUGUGUCUGUGGAGGAGGAUAACAGGCAGGAGUGGACCUUCACCCUCUAUGACUUUGACAACAACGGCAAAGUCACCAGAGAGGAUAUCACCAGCCUGCUCCACACCAUCUAUGAGGUUGUGGACGCCUCCGUCAACCAUUCUCCCAGCAGCAGCAAGACAUUGCGGGUGAAGCUCUCAGUGGCUCCCGACUCUAGCCAGCGGUGGAGGAGCUGCACGCAGGGUGCAGCAGACAUGUCCCACCCCAGAGAGAAAAAUGACAAGUGCAUAGAGGACCCCAAGAGUGCAGACAAGAAGACUCGAGCACUCCUAAGGCGCCACCACAGUGACCACCACACCCAGCCGGGCUGCCAGCGCCACUGUGUGGAUGAGAACCUGGAACGCAGGAACCACUAUUUGGAUCUGGCAGGCAUCGAAAACUACACUUCCCGCUUUGGAGCCGCCCCUGCCACAGAGACGCCGAAGGCCGAGCCUCAGACCCGGUCGUCCAACCAGACUCGCUCUCGCUCCCAUGAACCAGAAAAUGGCCAAUCGCAUUCUCACCACCGCCGCUUGCAGACUGUCCUGGACAGCGUUGCUGCAGACAGCCUCCACCCCACACCCCGUACACGAGGCCAGGACUCAGGGAAGCAUGCCCUCCGUUCUCCAAAGACCCACAGCCGCACACCUCCCGCGCAGAUCAAUGGCAGGGUGAUGAGAAGCCGAGGUGUCCCUCCUCCCCCGGCGCUACCCAGCCAGACCCCCCCUCACCAGUCCACAGCCCCCUACCGCAAACACAAGCAGAGGUCCAAAGAGAGCCAAGGCUACAGGGCUUUAGGCUCUCUGGCAGCACCAGGACCGGUGGUGGAGAAAGAGCAUGUGAGGGAGCUGCCCAGUGUCCUGCUGUAUGAAGGGGGGCUGGCACAAGUGGUGCAGCGGCAUGAGCAUCACCACCACCAUGAACACCAUCACCACUACCACCACUUUUACCAGUCCUGAAUUUCCACUUUGCCUGGGAAGACUCCGAUAGCCCCAGAAAACCCAGCCAUGCCAGCAGACACUGACUACAGAGAGCGGUCAAAUGCUGACCUACCUUACAUUGUGUAACACUGCAGUGGCUUUGUAGUGGACAUAGGACAUGGGUGGAAGAGGGAUGUCUCAGUAUUCUUAUUUAUCAGUGUUAUAAAGGUUGGUCAGACACACAAAAGCUUGAGUGUGCAGCAGGAUAAUGAUUCAGGACUACAGCAAGACUAGAACUUAAGAUCAUGGCUGGGGCUGGAGGGACAACCCAGAAGUUUCUUUCCCCCAGAUCCUGUUAUCCUCUACCUGAUGAACUGUAUGACUCUAAACCAGUACCACAAUCUUUCCAGACCACUAAGCCAAAAGGUUUGUAAGGAGAAGUAGGAACAAGAGGAAGAAAGACUGUGAUGUAAAGAUGAAAAUAUAUGAAGGAAUAUAAGUGAUAGGAGAGCAGGGCAUAGUGUGUAUAUAUAUGUGUGUGUGUGUGUGUGUGUGUGUGUGUGUGAGCGCGUGUGUGCGAGUGUCACGACACUGAAAACCACUUGAAGUGCGCUCAUGGGUGCGUGAGUAUUUAAAGCAGGCUGUGAGGCAGAUUUUUGAAGAUGAAAAUGAAGAUUCUGAUUCAAGCACGCAAUACCUUGUAAGCAAAUAUAGGAAAGAAGAUGUUGAAAAGUAAAAAAGUAACAAGAACAGAGAUCCCAAAUCAGCUGCUACCUCUAAUUUUGCUCUAAAUGUUGUAGUGGUUACUUUGACUAAGCAUUCAGAGGUUAUUUUCAAAUUACUUCGAAACUUUUUUGAAAGAAAAGAAAUCUCAAAAUCUGCAGUACUGAAGUGUUGAAAAGGUCCUUACUUUUAUUAACUAACAUUUACUGUACAUAAGGUAUAUAUUGUUAUCAAUUUUAUAAGCUUUAUUGAUAAUGUGAUAUCUUUGUAUUCACUAUCUGAAGCUUUUGUUUGUCUUUCUUCACAGACGCAUUUUAUAAGACCAGUAGGAGCCUCAUUUUGAUUAGACAAAGUACGACUGUAUUACUCACUCAGUGUCAUGCACUCUCUUAUUCUCCCUGUUUCAUCUGUCUUACCGCUUGAUUAGAUAACCUGACUAAUAUCCCAACUCUCAACAGUGCUGUUCAGCAGCUCGACCUCACAUCACUCACAAGCAUUUAUAUGCUUGGCUGCCCCAAGUACUGAUUCCAGGAAAACAUUAGAAAACAAAAUUAUUUGUAAGAUACACGACUGGCAUGUAGAAUACAUAUCAAAGCAAUUUACUGAAGUCUGUUUCAUAAGAAACUUAUCUUUUCAGCGUACAAAAAUCCGCACGUAUUUUUGAAAAUGCAACUGAAAUCCUGCUUCAUUCAGCCACUUUGAAGUUGGUGUAUUCAUUCAUCAGUGUGGACUUUGACCCUUAAGUAGAGUAUUUUGGACAGUUAUUUAUGCUGGGAAAUGUUUUGCUGAGCAUGCAUGUCGUUUUUCACCACCGCCCUACUUCAGAUCUGCUGUUUACUUUUUGGAAUUUGCUUUUCUGCUAGCAUUCUACUUAACUCAUAGCUGUGCCAUCCAGGCCGCGGCCUGGUCUAGGUUCACGCUCCCUCUGUUUCCAUGGCAGCUCCCUGUCCCCCAGCUGUCAGCAGGUCUUUCACCAUGCUGCCAUGUGGCCUCAGAGCUCAGCCAAUAAGUCUGUAUUUGUGGUGCAGUGGGGCGAGGGCCCUUUCAGCUGUCCCAUUCCUCUGGUACGGGAUAACACUGGGACCAGCCCACAGUCUCCACUAGACCUAUAACUCACUGCUGAUCUCCUGCCAGCACCAGGGACUGACUGUUCAUCCUGAUCCAUGAUGCUCAACAGGCUCUGCUGUAAACAUGCACUGUAUGUCAAGAGCUGAAUGACACUGACAUGCGAGGCAGUAAACUGAGAGCUGCUAAUGAAAGACUACUGGUCACCUUGUUGGUCCUUGGUGAGCACAUGUUCUUUUCAGCCCUUGCCAGCAUCAUGUUUAUAAAGAAUCAUGCAUCCAGUCUUUUGUUAUGGUUUAAAAGCAGCCCUCUUCAUACAGAGACAAUGGGCGCCACCAGUGUUCAAACUAUAUCCACCAUGUUUGGUUGUUCAGUCUUCCGUAAGCAUGUGUACGUGUUUGCAAUGAGCAGCCUUGCCCUGAGCCCUGUGGUGUCCUCUCACAGUUGCAGGCAGUCGUUUAGCAGAGGCACCAGUCAGACGGGUCAUCUCAUGGGACAUGGUGGUAGAAAUGGCGUCAUUCUCCCAAGGGGGAUCACAGCUGUGCUCCAUCCCUCAGCUUCGUCACCUCAUGCUGCUUUUCCUGGACAACAGGUCCUUGCUGCUGGAGCCCCCAUAACACUAUAACUUCUUUGUCAGUGGUUUCCCCUCACCCAAAACAGUGAUACUAGUGUGACGCUCCAAACAUAAGUAGUGUGGAAAUGUUGGUCUGGUUUUGCGAACUGACAGGCGACUGUUCGUCCUGCAGGGUGGUCCGAUUUGACACGGUGAGCGAGAGCUUCUGAAGGAAUUUGGGUGAAAAGGCUUGGACAGACCCACAGCCAGGUUGCAAUUUUUAAACUUCUUUUACAAGGAGAGAGUUUUACUGAACAGAAUGACUUCCACUUUUUUUAAUGCCCUUCUUCACAUCCAUACCCGUAUUCUUACCAGAAAGCUGUUGAUGCUUCAUACUUCAAAGCAGCAUGGAGCACCUGUGGUUGCGGUUUCCUUGCUUAAGAGCACCUCUAUAGUAUUUGCUGAGAGUUGGGAAAGCAGUGUUUUCCUCAGUUUUGUCACACAGACUUUACCAGAUGCUCUCGGAAAUAAACUUAAAAUAACAGUAUGAAGGUCUUUAGCUAUCCAUGUAAAUCUACCAGACUGAACAAAUGUCAAUUUACAAUGGCCUUUCAGCAAAUCAAAACGGUUCAAAUCAUGUACAAACUUCUCUACAUUUAUGAUCCUCUGUCCUGUUGUAUAGAAUCUCGAGUGUCCAGAGCCACUCCUCCAUCUUAACACACAAUGUAUUGCACCACUAAUUUGCUUUGUUAGAUUCAUGUAUUGACGUUUUGAAAAAUCAGAUGUAUAUAGUGGACUGCAAAAAGGAUAAACCAGCAUCAUGUAGAAACAUUAUAUGGCUUAUUUAUAAUUAAAUGACUGUCAAGCUAUCUCACUUGCCUACUGUCAGCUAAUAUCCACGCCAGUCCUACCUACUUAGCAGAGAGGAAUAAUUAUCUGUCAACAACACAAGCUGUUUCUCAGUCUCCACACACAGACACACUUUCACUUGGUGUUUGUUAUAAAAGAAAGUUCUUUAGCACUAGCUGUUUUCCCCCCUCUUCCCCUAAUGUUUUUCAUGACUUGGUUUAGUUUAUAUAGAUUGUAUUUGAUUAAUUGCUUUAUUUAUUUGAUAGCAGAUCUGUGCCAAGGGAUUAUACCCUUUUAUUAAAGUAUGAACCUGUUCCUUAUAAACA